GUCACUUCCGCUUCGAGGUUGACAGCAAAACAACUAAAGCUGGAGCGAUAAAAAUAUCCGCCAAGAAGCAAUUAUAAACGCUACUUUAAUAGGAUGAAGGAGAUGACUUCACAGCAGGAUUUAGAGGAGGAGAGCAGCUCACCUUCUGUUGACAACCAUUACAUCUGUGACGACAGAGAAGAAGAGGAAGGUCCUCCUGACCUCCAAGAGGACCAUCCGCAUGACACAGAUAAAGAUCACCCCAUCCCAGAAGGAGGAGUCAUGUGGAGAGUGGGCGGCGGCCUAUUCAGCAUGACACGGAACGUCGUCGGUGCAACCCUUGGGGGUGUUGCGUGGGUAGGAACAAAAAGUUUUGAGCUCACCAAGACAGCUGUUAUCAGUGUGCCGGCAGCCAGCGCAGGUCUGGUCAAAGGAAGCGUCUCCAUGGUAACAGGAGGUGUUGGAGCUGUAGGAUCCGCGGUGGCGAGUAAAGUCACACCAAGGAAGAAGGACAAAGCUGACUGAUGGACAGUGGGUGUGUGUGUGUUUGUGUGGUUGUGUGUAUGAUGCAAACAAGAGCAAAAUCUCUAAAGCUCCGAAUGGAUUUUCAUCACAGCUCUCCAGAUCAAAGCAGCGUAUUCUUUCAUGCAGCAACAAAGAUACAAAAGCAGCGAGAUGUCAGUCAAUGUCAAUGGAAAUCUUCCUCUGAAGGGGGCAUGGCUGACAAUGAUGAAAAUUCACUCAAGAAUGCAACUGUGCGGAGUGGGGAAAUAUAAUGUUUUAUUUUAUUUUGUUUUUUAAUCCUGAAUGAGCUAGCAGACAGUGGCAGUAAUUCAUUGUGUCAUAUGUAGCAUAUUUUAAAGACAAUUAACAAAAACUUUUAUAAAAUGAACACAAUUUGACGAGGACAUGAUACUGUGCUCUUAUAUAAUGGUAAAUAGAGAGGAGACAUGUUCCCCGACACAUCAUUGAGGACUUUGUCAUUGAAUUUCAGGACUCAUCAGUGAACAUUUUGGAUUUAUUCAUGGCUGCUUAUUCUUUACGUGUGCGUUAGCUCUAAACAAACCUUAAGAGUACCAAAAAGUCACACAAAAUAACACAAAUAAAUUAACCCAACGAGACAGAGGUAAACCAGCAACUCCUGUUUUUCAGGCUACAACGACUGUUUUUGUCAUGGGAGUCUGGUUGCUUGUAAGGCAGUAAUGUGACAGAUUAGAGGUGGGCGAUAUGGGAAAAAUAUCAUAUCACGAUUUUCUUUUGGCAAAAUCAUGAUCACGAUUUUAUCACAAUUUUUUUCAUACAGUUCUUUAGACAGAUUUGUAAGUUACUGACCAGUUCAACCAAACUUA